UUCCAGCACCUCCCGCACAGAGAUCUCUCUGACCACGUUAUUCGUUCUUUGGAAGGCCUAUAAGCUGAUUACUGCACAAGGAUUUAGCCCUGGCUGCUUCACACGGUACUCCCAGGACACAUCUAUUUUGUAUUUUGAGAAGACCUGCGGAGAAUUUGCCAGUGGUAGAAAAUGGCAUCUCCAGAGCCAUUCGGGUGAGCAUCCUUCAGGGCUCUCAAGAAAUGAGAAUGUUCUGUAAUGCUCCAAGAACAGCCUCCGCUGUGCAAUGAGUCUGACAUUUGCGUGUGCAAAAAUGGCUUGUUCAGCAGGAAGGGACUGCAGAAAAGUUUCCCUCUUGUUCCUCCAAAAUUGCAAAAUGAUAGCUAUUGAUCUAGGAGCUCAGUUUUUUCUCCUUCAUGUGAAGAGUGAGGCAGAGAAGUGUGGUCAGAAUGCCCGUAUCAAAUCCUCUUUGCAGCCUUCUCUGUGUCAGGUUUCCGUAGCCAACCUUUGCAGAGCUUAACUGAACAAAUACACCAGUUGGUUAUCAAUGUAUUCAAUAAGUUAUGUUUUAGCUGCUGCUUGAAAUGUAAAGUCUGUGUUAGCACAAUGUCAGGUAAUAUCAAAGGGGUAGCUUGUAAUAAGAUUAACUUUUCAGGUUGUGAAUAUAUAAUUUUCAGUUACAUGCUGGGUUAUUAAAUACAGCCUAAAUCUGUGAUGUUUGAGCAAUUUGAGCAAAUCAGAGCUGGUACAAGAACUGUAACAUGUACAUUCCUCUAGCAGGAAGAAGUUUCACCCUGUAAUCUUAAUGCAGAGUUGAUGUAGCUUUAAAAUACGUGGUCCCUGUUAUGCAGAAUCACUGGGGAUGUGACAUGGGUCCUUUUAAGAUAACACGAGCCAGAGUAGCAGCUGAUACUGUGCAUGCUGAAUCCUGGUGGGAAGUUCUCUCUGCAGGCACAAACCAGCUGCUAAUGCAAAGGGGCAGAUCGUGAAUUGUCACAGUUCAUCUCCCAUCCUGAUAAAGGUUGUAUCUGCACUACAAAGCGGAGCAGAAUUUUCAGUAUGCCUUUCAGCAGGAGCAUCUUUGGCCCCGCAGUAAUCUGGUCCCAAGUGUGCCUGGAUUGUGAGCGUAUCCAUUGAUCCUGGGAAUCCUGACUGUGAUCAGGAGAAGGCUUAGAACUUUUUGCCCAUGCAAGGGAAUUUGUUCAUUCCUUUGGUGUGGGCUUUCAGCAGGGCAGAGUUCAAGGCUGGCCUUUCCACUCUGCUCCAGACUGGUCUCCUUGGGGAUGCUUGUAAGGGUGGCUAUUUUGGAAUUGCUCUGCUGCUAUUCUGCCUUGUUCAGAACAAGAAAACUGAAAGAAAACUAGCCUUGAAUAAUGGAGAUCUUGGUCUGCAAUAAUGGCUCUAAGCUGAGCAAUGGUUCUGGGACAAAAUCACGGGAAUUUGGGUUUUCCAUUGCCAGUUAUUCUAAUAUUUUUGCUGUACAGACCAGACUUUACGAGCCAUAACACUUGUGUUGUUUGGGCCAAGGCUCUUCAUGUGGCUCCCUGUGCUCUGAGCUGUGCACUUGAGCUUGGAGGAGAAAAUAACAGGGAGGAGAGGUAUGAUGAUGCCUUUGGCCUGUAGGGCACCUCGCUGCAGUUCCUAGUGAGCAUACAGAGGCAGACAUCCCACAGAAGGGUUCCAUGUGAUGGACUCAUCAGCGGGAUUUGGGAUGAACUCACAGGGGUUUAGUGUGGCAGAGGUGAGACAGUAACUUGACACAUCUGUGCAGGGACAAAAGGACUCUGCUUCCAGAGCUGUUAUUUUGGCACCUUUCGCUAGCAUAAAAUUCACAGGUAAAGGUAAUGCAUGGGGGGAAAAAAAUCUUUCAGUGUUUUGUAUAAGGCCAGCUCAGGCUGCUGGUAUUUAAGGACAGGCUUUCCAAUGUGGGCAAGAUGGGCUGCAGUUCCUUCCCUUACAGAUGUCCGUGGUUGCCCUGGCUGGGUGCCCAGACCACCGCACACCUGGGCAGUAUGCAAAUCUGAUCAGGAGUUUCCAUUUCCAUGUGGUCUGAGUAACUAACAAGGAAGGGCCUGCUGUUGCUUUAGCUAUGGCACCAGGCUGAGGAAGGCUCACGUCCCAGGUUUCCAGCUCGGUGACCGCUGCAAAUUCCAAGUGAAUGAGUGAAGCGGUGGAAGUGUUGUGGCAGCUCCUUCCUCCUUCCUGCAGCCAGCUGAAGGGCUUACAUGUGUGAGAGGAUCUCCGCGGAGCCGCCGAUCCGUUGCCUGCUGCUGCCCUGCAUGAAGCUGCCAGUUUCCCUCUGGAAGUGAGCCUUGGCUGGUACCGAGCACAUCAAACACACUGUUCCCAUCGUCCUCCACUGACUCGCUCCCACCUUCCCAGUUCCCACGUGAGCCUGGGAAAAUGAGGAUUUGGUAUAUUCCUUCUUCCCCAAGCCCCAUUACAACCUGGUGCAGCUGUCAAUCUUCAGAGUGACAGCAGCAGUGCUGGUGCUGUUAAAAGCCUCAUGGCAUCAAUACAGUGGCGCUGAUACAAAGAGCGAUGGAAUGGAUGCGGAGAAAAGCUUCACCACUUCUUAAAGACAAGAUGCCAGCGAAGCCUGCCACUGCUGGGUCCUGCACGUAAAGUGGUGUGGCUGGUAGGGAGAGCAGGGGAAGGGGGCUGGUGUGUGUUGGCAGGGCUGUGCCUUGCCAGCUCUCCCAAGGAUGCAAACAGUGUGGGCUGGCCCUGCUGUGCCUCCCAAGCUGCUGGCACCGCUGUCCCCGUUUUCUCCCCCACGCCUCUUCUGUCGGCAUCGCAGCUGGGGGUCCUCCCCAGGCAUCUGCAGGGCCCACCUAAUGGGCCCGUUAUGCCAGAUGUGUUCACUGCUUUUGAAAGAAAAUAGAACUGAUUAACACCUGAGCUAGCGCACGAGGCUCCCGAAACGGUGCUAAAGGAAUAUUAACAAGUGCACGUCGCUUUGGAGAGCAGCUUUCAGCACGCUGUCAAAUGCACGUUGGUGGGGCUGCAGGCAUGCUGGGUGGCUGGGGGCUAGCUGUGUCCAUCAGUCCUCUUCAUCAGGCUGCCACUUCGAAUCUGGGCCAGGCCAAGUCAAUGAGACGUCCGCCUGUGAGAAAUGAGCUGCUGGAAUCAGCCGUCUCCCACAAGACAACGUCCACAGCCCAGGAAUGCUCUGGAAAGGAAGUUUUGCUAAAACUCUGAACGAUUCCCUUUGCGCUGCACAAAAUUUUGUGCCUCCCCGUCUUUAUCACAGGUGACGAGCCAACAAUCACAGCUUUGCCAUGCCUGUAGCUUGGACUCCGGCCUCUCCGUUUGCACAGAGCAUGGCAUGUGAUGUUUCUGGGCGGUGCAGUAGCUCCAUGCAUUGCUUCUGCAUCCCGUGACAGCUGCUGUGGAGCUGGAGUCUCGGGAUGUCCCUGGUGGAGCGAGCUAAGCUCUCUGAUGCGCUCCCCGAGGAUCUUUGCUGGUGGCGUGUCAACAGAGAUAUGCUGAGAGGAAUUCAGCUGAAAGAGACAACAUUUAGAUGUGCUCCGUGCAGAUGCCUGGAGAGCAGGUUCAGAAGGGCUGCUCGGGCAUGUGAAAGGAGCAGAAAGUGUUGGGCCUGCUGUCAGCGUGCUGGUGAGGCUGGGGUCUCUCUGGCCAUCUACUCCAUGUUCCUUAUGGGUCCCUUCCAGCUUGGGGUAUUCUGUGAUUCUAUGAUUCUUCCCUGCUGCCAUUGGAAAGCAGCGCCGGUGCGACUCUUCAUCCAGAGCUGUGUUCAGGCAGUAGUAAAGAUCCCCCUUGUUUUCAGUGGGAAGGAGGAGCAGCAACUGCAAGGCCGAGUGCUGUAACCUUCCCAUCCCAGCGAGACUUUCUCCUCCUACCCCACCUGCAGAGGGGCCAGUGCCCCUGCGCUCCCCCUGCAGCAGGCACAGGGGUUUGUUUGCCUUGGCAGUGAGCGGUGCAGCCAUGCUGGAGCAGCGGAGCAUCUCCUCUCCCACGCUGUUGUGUGUCAGCUUUAAAAUGACUGUGAGCUGCGUGCUGUUGGUCCAGCUGUUUCUGGCAGAGGGUAGGUUGGGGCGUGACACGGUGCGAUGGCUUCCCAGGCCGGGAGGGUAACUUCUCACAUAUCCCUCUGAAAAUUGUCCAGCUGCCCCUCUGGACUGGGAAAGAAGAUCCUGCCCAUCCCAGUCCAAUAGUUGUCUCGCUUUGCAUCGCUCAACUGCAGCGCUGAGUGAAACAGAUUGGAAGGUGCAGUGUUUGGAUGCGGUGUAGGGUGGGGAUGGAUGGCAGUAACCUUUUCUGUUUUGCUUCCAGUGCUCACUCGGGGUCGGAGAGAGGCACGAAGUAAAGCUGCAGGUGGUGAAAGCAGCCAGACGUCCUCAGAUUCUGACAAGUUGUGGCAAGGCACAAGAGGGGACUCCUCGGCAUGCUGGAGCUCUCGGAGAGCAAGUCUGCAGGUGCUGACACGGGGACCCACAUCCCUGGAGUAGGCGACCAGCGGGACCACACCACGCUCCCACGCAGCGCCGAGGACGAGGACAAGGCCGAGCACACUCCAUCAGCACCGCCGGACCCCUCCGGCCCCGCCAUACCCGGCCCCAUGCGGCGCGGUGCCCCCCAGCCCGACCCCCGAGAGCGCGGUGCCCCCGCCCGCGGCUCCAUCGCCUUCCAGUGGCGGGGGGCGGGCCCCGAGGAGAGGGGCCGGCUGCCCCCCAUGCCCACCCUGAACCGGUGCGUGGGCACGGUGAUGUGGGAUCUGCACCCUUCAGCGCUCGGCCCCGACAGCGGCCCCGGCCCCAUCGCCAUCGUGGGGCGCAGCUGUGCCCUCUACCCCCGGCUGCCGGGUCGGGACAGCGACCGCGGGACGCCGCAAGGCCCCAGUGCGAUGGAUUCGUGCGGCUGGGAUGCGGAGGGGAGGCCCCCGGGGAGUCUCCAGCUGGGAGCCCAGGACAGGGGCCCCUCCUGCACGCCGGUGCAACGGGCACUGCUGGCGCUCACCCUGACGCUGGAGAAGCUGCGGGAGGUGAAGGGCCGCGUGCUGGAGGCCCUGGAGCUGGGGCUGAGCCAGCAGGGCCAGGCGCGUUCCACCAUGCGGAUGCUGCCCACCUUCAUCUGCUCCACGCCCGAUGGCACCGAGAAGGGCGACGUGCUGGUGGCGGAGCUGCGCCAGAGCCACGUCCGCACUCUCUGGGUCACCCUCGCGGGCGACGGAAAGCAGAGCCCGCAGGUGUUGUACCGCGUCUUCGAGAUGCCGGGGGACGUCCCGCAGGGCUCCGGAGAAGCGCUCUUUGACUUCAUCGCGCAAUGCGUGAAGGGUUUCCUGGAGGAAAUCGGCAACCCGCAGCACCGCCUGCCCCUGGGCUUCGUCUUCCCGUUCAGCUGCAGGCAGACGGGGCUGGACAAGGCAGAACUCAUCUCCUGGUCCAAGGGCUUCCGAUGCAGCGACGUGGAGGGGAGGGACGUGGUGCAGCUGCUGCAGGCGGCCAUCAGCAAACAGGAGCUCCACCACGUGGAUGUGGUGGCCCUGCUGAACAACACGGUGGGCACCAUGAUGACGUGCAGCACGCGGGAGAAACCCUGCGAGAUCGCCUUGGUUGUGGGUUCAGGCACCAACUGCUGCUUCAUGGCCGAGUCACACCUCCUGGAGAUGGCGGAGGUGACCAGUGGGCGGAUGUGUGUCAACAGUGAGUGGGGCUGUCUGGGGGAUGACGGCGCGCUGGACGACGUGCUGACCCCCUAUGACCACCGUGUGGACCAGGAGUCCUCCAACCCCGGAGAGAGGAGGUUUGAGAAGCUGGUGGGCAGCCUGUACUUGGGGGAGAUUGUGCGGCACGCCAUGCUCAUGCUGGCCUCCGACCAAGCGCUCUUCAUUGGGAGAAACACCUCCAGCCUGGCGACCAAAGGCGUGCUGACGACCCAGCAGGUCCUGGAGAUCAUGGACAACGAGAACGGCAUGGCCAAGGCUCAGGUCGUGCUGGAGGCUCUGGGGCUGCAGCCCAGCGAGCGGGACUGCUGCCGGGUGCAGCAGCUGUGCCGGGCGGUGAUGAGCCGCGCCGCCGCGCUCAGUGCCACGGGGCUGGCUGCCGUGCUCAGCCACAUGUGCCGCAGCCGGCAACAGGAGCGGCUGGUGGUCAACGUGGGGGUGGACGGCGGGCUCUACUGCAACAGCACCAGGUUUGGUGAGAUCCUGCGCAGCGUGGUGGGGCUGCUGGCCCCUGAGUGCACGGCCACUCUCAUGCCCUCGGCUGAUGGCAGCGGGCUGGGGGCAGCUGUGGUGACAGCGGUGGCUCUGCGCCUGGCAGCACAGCAGCGCAAGGUGGAGCAGCUGCUGGCCCCGCUGCGGCUCAGCCGUGCCGACCUGGAGCGCGUGCAGGCACUGAUGAAGCAGGAGAUGGAGCGCGGGUUGGACCGGGAGAGUAACGCUGAGUCCUCCCUCCGCAUGCUGCCCACCUAUGUGUGCCACACGCCCGACGGCACCGAGAGAGGAGAAUUCCUGGCCCUGGACCUGGGAGGGACCAAUUUCCGCGUGCUGGUGGUGCGUGUGACUCAGGACAUCCACAUGGCCAGCGAGAUCUACGUCAUCCCCACGGCCGUCAUGCAGGGCACGGGCAAGGAGCUCUUCGACCACAUCGUCGAGUGCAUUGUGGACUUCCAGACGAAGCAGGAGCUGAUGGGUCAGGUGCUGCCACUCGGCUUCACCUUCUCCUUCCCCUGCCAGCAGCUGGGCCUGGACAAGGCUGUGCUGCUGAACUGGACCAAAGGCUUCAGCGCCUCCGGCUGCGUAGGGCAGGACGUGGUCCAGCUGCUGCGGGAGGCUGCACAGCGCAAAUCGCACGUAGGGCUGAAGGUGGUGGCUGUGGUGAAUGACACUGUGGGGACCAUGAUGGCCUGUGGGUACCAUGACCCCAAAUGUGAAAUUGGCCUCAUUGUGGGGACGGGGACCAACACCUGCUACAUGGAGGAGAUGGCGAAGGUGGGCACCGUGGAGGGGGACGAGGGCCGCAUGUGCAUCAACAUGGAGUGGGGCGCCUUCGGGGACAACGGCUGCCUGGACGGCUUCUUCACCAGCUUCGACCAGCUGGUGGAUGAGAAAAGCAUCAACGCAGGCAGGCAGAGGUUUGAGAAGCUCAUCAGUGGCAUGUACCUGGGUGAGAUCGUGCGGUACGUCCUGCUGGCAAUGGUGGAGGAGCAGGUCCUGUUCCGCGGCAAGCCAUCCGACAAGCUGCAGCGCAAAGACAUCUUCCAGACCAAGUUCCUUUCCACCAUUGAGACCCCCGGGCUGGCCCUCCUGCAGGUGCAGGGCAUCCUGAGCAACCUGGAGCUGGACGCCAGCUUCGAGGACAGCGUGCUGGUGCGGGAGGUGUGCGAGACCGUGUCCCUGCGUGCCGCACACCUCUGUGCUGCGGGGAUGGCCGCCGUGGUGGAGAAGAUGCGGGAGAGCCGCGGCCUGGAGCAGCUGACUGUCACCGUGGGGGUGGAUGGCACCUUGUACAAGAUGCACCCACACUUCUCCCGGAACCUCCAGCAGAUGCUGCAGGAACUCGCGCCCCGCUGCAAUGUCACCUUCAUGCAGUCGGAGGACGGCUCGGGGAAAGGGGCUGCGCUGGUGGCGGCGGUGGCCUGCCGUGGGGCCGACCUCUCCUCCCUACAAUAAAACGCUUUGCUCUGCAC